AUGUAGAGAUCAUAUCAAGAACAAGUGAAUUAGAAGGAUUAUCAGCAUAAAUUAUAUUUCAAAAAUGGUUAUCCUUAGAAUUAACAGUUUAAGAGAGAUCCAAAUCAAAUGCUAAGAGGAUUAGUAUGAAAUAAAUCAGAUAAUUAGGUUGUAAAAACAUGCUUAUAUCACUUUAUUGAUUGGUUGAAAUAGGGGUUUAAUCUUUGGCUGUUUGUUGUAAUAAUUUUAUCAGCCAGUUUCAGAGCCGAUUAGUAAUUGUUUAUGUGUAUAAUUUAAUUGGCAGGAAAUUUAUUCAUGUCAUCUUACAAGCUAUAUUAAUAGAUUUGUAAGGCUUUGAGACAAGUAAAUGAAUAUUUCAAUUAAACUGUAUAUGUGAUUGGGUGGGAUCCAAAAUGCCAUAUCAGCAAAUGUCCUAAAAGGAAUGUGACAGUAGGAAAUCUAAUUUUCUUGAAAAGACAUCAACCAAGUCCUAUGAGCAUAUUAAUUUUAAAUUCUUAAGAGGAGAAAUUUAUGGUGUAAACAUCUGAAAAGGAAGGCAUGACUCAUAUGACUUAAAAGCAGUCAAUUAAAUUAACAUCUACUUCUGAUUAAUAAAAAAGUCAAACCUUAAUCUAUUAUAAGAGAAUAUUGACAGGUAAAAUAGAAUUUGAUCAUUUGGAUACUAAUGACAAUUAGUUCAGAGGUUUUAUUAAAUUAUAAAAAGAUCCAAAGGGUGAAUAUUUGGACUAUAGGAAUAUAGUGAAUUAAAGUAGUAUAAUAAUAAAUACAGAUUGGGUAGUAGGGAUAGUAAUCAGUCACGAUGAUGAAGAUGUGAUUAAAAUGUGGAGUAAUUGUUUUAAGAAAUCUACAACUCAUUUUGAUAGAUACUUAAUGAAAUUUUCUCGAAUUUUCAGUCUUUUAUACUUUAUAUAAUUGGCAUUUUGCAUAACUAUAAUUAUGAGAUUUUAAAAGAUUCCAUCAGAUUUUACAAUCUAUAAUAUUUUGUGUAGAAUAUUUUAAAGCAUAACCUUUGUUCAUCCCUGCAUAAUUACUGGAUUGUGCGAAUUGACAUUUUAAUUUUUUAAUAACAUUUUUGAAAAGAACAAAAACAUAAUAGUAUCUCAUUCAUCAGAACUGUUAACCUUGACUAAGAUAGAUCAUUGCAUUUAUGAUAAAACUGGUACUUUGACAAAUACUAAUACAGUGCUUUGUGGAGUGAUCUGUGGCGUUUACUUCUACAACCUCAUUAAUGGAGAAGGUAUAAGAAAUUCGACAAAGAAAUAUAGAAAAUUAAUGACUACAUAACAUCAACAUAAUAACAUGUAAGAAAUACAAGAGGAAUAAGAGGAACAGGAGGAAAAUAAUUUAGGAAUAGGUUCUCUAUAGAAGAGUGAGAGAAUGAUCUAAAAUCCAGGAAGCCACCAUUCAGUAAAGAGCAGAUUAUAAUCAUAACAUGAUGAGGCAAUUAGUUUUAAUUAGGAUGAUGCAGUCUUUAAUGAGGAAGAACCUGAGUCAAGAAACAUGGUUUUUAAUUUCAAUCCUCAUUUCAUUAGAUAACAAGAACAAAAAAGAAAACUAAAAGCUUAAAGUAUUGAUGAGGAGAUCUCAUCACCAGAAAAACCGAUAUAUAUGAAUAGAAAUAAUAGAAGAACAUUUAACAAUAACAGUAGAUUGAUAACAAACAUUAGAAGAGAACCCAGAAUCAUAGAAAGGAAUUUAGAAUAAACAUAAGAAGCUGGCAAUGGAUCUCUCUUAUCUCCUUCACCUGUAUCAUCUUAAAAAGAUAUUAGAAAAGAAGUGAAAUUAUGCGAAUCUUAAAUUAAUGAGGAUGAAUAACAAUAAUUGUCAGAAAGUGAUAGUGAAGAUUAAGAUCAAGAAGGAAGGAAGGAUUUAUUAGAAAUUAUAAGAUUGGGUGAGAAAUAAGCAGACAAUUUUAUGAGAUCCUUAAUUUUAUGUUAGGAUGUUAAAACUAAAUAUUCUAAACCACAAAAUAAACCUAAUAGAGAUAAAAAUAAUUAAAUGUUGGGGAUUUCUGGAAUUAUGAAUGAGCACCCUAGUAUGAAUCCUCAUAAUUUUUUGAAUGAAAAUACUGAGGAAUAUUAAGAAUCCGUCAUUAAAUUUGCAAAGUAAUAUCAGUUUGAAUUUAAUUGUGCAGGCCUCUUAAAUAAAAGAAUCUGUUAUGAAAUUAGUGCAAAAGGUCUAAGUGAACGAUAUUUAGUUUAUAAAAAGGUUAGCGAUAAUGAAACAUUUGCUAUUUUUAUGAAACCCAUUUAAUAAAGGUUAAGGAAUCAGGGAGCUUAAUAUGACAGAUAAGGAACAGAGAGAACUUAAAAGGGAGCUCAAUUAAAAUUGUAUGUUAAAAGUGAAAAUCUAGGACUUUUGGAUAAAUGUAAAUUAUCAUAAAAAAAAAGAGUUAAUUUGGAAAAAUAAAUUACCCAUCAAGCUCAAUCUGGUUAUAGAUUUAUAGUUUAUGCUGGUAAAGAUGUUCCUGAAGAUGCUGUUAAAAAUAAAAAUAAAUAUCAAGAAGUAACUUUUGAUACUAUGGAAAUGACUCAUCACGAUAAAGAACUAAUUAGAGAUUUGGAUUACUACGGAUUGAUUUGUUUAAAAGAAGAUCAAAAUCCAGGAGCUUAUGCCUAAGUUAAAACUUUCAAGAAUCUUGGUAUCUCUUAAUGGAUUUUAAGUGGAGAUAAGAAGAUGUAAACACUUUCUGCGGCUAAUCAUGUUGGAAUUGUCAAUAAUAAUAAUACUUUACUACGAAUUGAUGAAGAAGAUGAGGAAAGGUUAAAAUUAUAAAUUAAAUCCCAGUUACUAUUUAUUAGAAAACAACUAUUAAAAGAAGAUGAAAGUCAAUAAAAUGAAUCUACUAAAUCAUUUAUAAGUUAAAAGUCAUUUUCUGAAAUGAAAAGGAGUGGUAUUUCCAAAAAGGCUACAUUUGAUGAAAAUAUGAUCUUGAAAUCAAAGAAGGGAGAAGAACCUUUGUAAAAGGUAUUUCUAUUGGUUAAUGGAAAAUCAAUCAAACCAAUUUUUAGCGAUGAUUAUACGAAAAGCCAUUUUCUUUUUAUUGCUUUAAUUCUUAAAACUGUAAUUGCUUAUGAUUGCUCCCCUGCUGAUAAAGAAUUAAUUACAAAAGCUGUAACUAAGAUUAUGGAACCUAGCAAUACUCUACUUACUAUUUCAGAUUCAGUUGAUGAUUUUAAUAUGAAUUCACAUGCUAAUGCUACUAUUUAAUUUUCAAGAGAAAAGAGAUCAUUAAAAAUAGCUUAUCAAAAUAUCCAGGUAAAUGAUUUAUAGCACAUUAAAUAACUAGUAUUAUAUUUUGCCAAGAUCCUUCCAAUGCAUCUUAGUUAGCUAACUGUUAUGUGUACUAAAAUAAGUCUAUAUCAAUUGAUCAUAUUUACAUUAUUUGUUUGUGUAAGAAGAACACUUUACAUAGAAGAACAUGUUGUGUAUCUAUUGGCUCUGCAAAUUCAUAUCAUUUUUAAUGGUCUGUUACCUUAAUUUGAAGACAGAUCCAGUCAUGAGCAGAUUGAAUUGAUGUUGCCUCAAUAUUAGCCUUAAGCUUACAAAUGUUUUAAAUCCAAUUUUAGGUGGUUAUAAGAAUUGUUUUACGAAGUAGUUAUUUCAGCAGUCGCGACUGGAUUUAUGAAUACAUAUAUAUUUGCAGAGUUCAUGAUGUUUUAUACAUCUGACCCAAAUAAUCUUGCCCAUUUGAUGUUUUUAUUUCAAUUGUUUUGUGUUUUUGCUUUUGGUACAUCCUAAAUGAUUCACCUUAAUGUUCCAUUUGGAAAGAUAAUUUGGAAUUUUAUUAUCACAAUAGGAUUGCUAACAAUUUCAUUUGUUAUAGUUGUGGAAUCUGAUUAGCGAGUUUAAAUACUUAGGAACAUAUUCAAAUGGCAAUUUAUUAUUGGAAUUCUAACUGCAAUAGUUACUAUAAUCACAAUUGAUUAAAUAAUAAAACAAACAAGAGAUUUAUUGUUUACUCCAAGAAUCAUAUUAAAUUUUGUUAAAUACAUGGAGAAUGCUAUGAAGAAUUAAUCAGGUAAAAUUGUAUAAGAAUCUGUUAAACAAUUUUCAAUGUUAAAUCAUAUUAAAAUAAAUAGGUAAUUCUUUAGAAAAAUUAAGAAAGUAUUUGAGAAUGUAUCCAUAGAUCCAUUCAUUAGAUCUUUAUUUGAAAGCGAGAAAACUUAAUCAUUUAAUGGUGAAUAUUCUAAACUUUCCCUUGUCUUCAAGAAUCAUAACUAUGAAAAGCAAUUUAGACAAUUCAAAGUUCAAUACUAUUAUUAAUAGAGAAGAGAAGUAGUUUUAGUUCUUUUUAUUGUUUUAAGAGUUAGUAGUGUAAUAGCAUGGUCUCCAUUUUUGACAGUUGAAGAUACAAUCCUAAAUAUACUUUGGGCAAUCUUUAUGGUGAUUUGGAUUUUAAUAUUCUUUGUUACUCACAUAGUUGAAAAGAAAUAAUCAGAUUUAGCAGCAUUUCAAAUAAAAUGGGGCACAAUCGAGGCCUACUUCUUCAUUCCAGUGGUCUUGAUCUUGGAUCAUUUUCUGAGUGUCACUCUUCCUGAAGAUAAAAGCUAAUACUAUUUUAGUACAUUUGGACAGCUCUUAUAUUAGUAGUUUUUGGCAUGGGAUAUCUUCCCUCCUCCUUUAUAUUAUCCAAUAAUUUUGACUUUGAUAUUUUUUAUCAACUAUACAAUUAGAGUGGCAAACUUUUAUGAUAUUCAAGUGAAUUCAGAUUCAGAAACCUCAACAUUCAGAGUAGAAUUUAUCACCUUAUAUGUUCUUUUGUUCUUUCUGAACUUGUUAUCUAAUUAUACUCAUUAUAAUGUAAGAAAUAAUAUAAUUUUAGUUCUAACGAUUUUAAAGAUUAGUGUUUUUAUUUGACUAAGCUUUGUAGACCUAAUAGGAACAGACUAAUUAGAUCUUGAAGUCUUUGUUGCCUGCAUUCAUAUAUGAGAAGAUUGAAUAAUCAGAGGAGACCGAGAUAGAAGAGAAUUAAGGAUCAGUAUCAAUAAUAUUUUUAGAAAUUUGCGAAUUCGAUAAAAUCCUUUAAUCUAAACAACGAUAAGUUGUAACAUUUUUGGAUGACAUUUUUAGAGUCUUGGACAAAAUUUGUUUAUAAUAUGGAGUGUAGAAGAUAGAAACUGUAGGUAAGACUUACAUGGCAUGUUCAGGGUUGAAAUCAACAGAGAUUGAAAAUAAUAAAGAUGGAUUGAAUCAGCAGAAGAAGAAUGAAACAGCAAUUGCAUUAGAAUUGUCAUUGGAUUUCUUAAAGGCAGUUUCAGAAUUUAAGUAUGAAUACAAAGAUUAAGAUGUUGUUAAAUUAUUUAAAUUAAAAAUUAAAAUCGGAAUACAUUAUGGAUAAGUGAUUGCAGGUGUUAUAGGAUAUCAUAAACCUUAAUUUUCGUUGAUUGGAGAUACAGUCAACACUGCCUCAAGGAUGUGUUCGACUGGAGAAGUAGGCAGAAUAACCAUAUCAAAUGAAGCAUAUGAAAGAGUCAAGGAUACUGAGUUUCUAUUUACCACUAGAUAAGUAGUAGCCAAAGGAAAAGGAAUGUUAACAGUUCAUCAAGUGACCCAAAGGAAAUUACAGAUGAGAAAGCAUUAAUCGUAAGUGAAGUUUUAUGAAGGUUAGAAAAAUGGAAGAUCACUUACUUUUAAGACUCAUAAAACUAAUAAUAUUAGAACUACUUAAUUGAAGUAAACGUAUAAAGACAUCUCUCCUCCAUCUUCAGCUUAUGAUCAUUUAACUACCAAAGAAUAUGGUCGCAGAUCUAAAAUCAUGAAUCAUCCUAUGCAAGGCUCUUAAUUAUUAAAAUAACCAAGAAAGAAUAAAGGAGCUGAACCCACAAGGGGAAUCAAGAAGGGUACUAUCAAAGAAGAAUACACUUCUAUGAGUGAAACGGUUUUGAGAGACAGGUCAAAAUCCUAAGUCAUUUAAAAAACUGAUUAUAAUACCAAUGAUUGGGAAGAAAUAAAGGAAGAUGAAAUUCAAAUGAAGUAGGUAGAGAAAGACCCUGAAAACAGAAUUAUUGGUGUCUCAGACAAUGAUGUUGAUGGUCCUGAAACAGAAGUCAAUAAUGAAAGAGCAAAGAAAGUAAUGGAUUUAGAAAUUCUUAAAUACAAGAAAUUAACACUUGAUUAUGAAAAAUGUAAUGAAUCCAUUAUAGUCAUGCAAUUUGAAUAGUAUUAUUAAGAAGUUAGAUCAGCUUUAAAAGAUAUCUUCUACCCCAUGACUAUUGUCUAUACUUUGUUUAAGGCUUAAGUUUAAUUGAUAGACUCUGGAUCAGAUGGACUAACCAUAUAUAUUGUUAGAAUGUUCUUAAGUUUAUACUUAAUAAUAUUGUAUUUUAUAACUAGUAGAUUGAAGAAAUAUAAUAUGCAUAAUUUAGAUUUAGCUUUAACUGGUCUCUACUAUGUGAGUGCAUUUUUAACAAUGUUCUUUGUUACUUUUAACAAUUAAUAGAGAUUUCUUAUUUCUGAUAAUGCUGAAGCCUAUUUCUUUGCAUUUUCAGCUGUAAACUAAUAAUCCUUAAAAUUCAAAUAUAUGUUUUUCUAUAUCUUAUUGCAAUAAGCUGCAUGGUUUGUUUAGCUCCUUCUGCAUUAACAUCAUAAUCUAUUAGUAUUUAUAGUGCUAUCAACAAUUAUCUUGGUAAUAGUAUCACAUAACAAUUUUGAAUUAACAAUUAAAAAUUUCAAUAGUGCUGCCAAUGAAAAUUUGAAAAAAGAACAAAGAGAUUCCUUAUUAACUAAUUUAUUACCAUCUCAUAUUUUAACAAGAUUCUAUUAGAAUAGCAAAAUUAAAUUGGAAUUAUCAGAUGUUUUAAUAGAUGCAACUCUUUUGUUUGCUGAUAUAAGUGGAUUCACAGCAUACUCAGCAAAAGUUUCAGCAGAAUAAGUUGUUAAGAUGCUAAGGGAAUUGAUGACAUCAUUUGAUAAGGAAUGUUUGUAGUAGAACGUUUAUAAGGUAUACACUAUCGGAGAUUGUUACGUAGUUUUGGGAAUAAAUGACAUGGAACAAAGACAUCCUGGAUAAGAAGCUAAAAAUGUUCUAGAAAUGGGAUUAGAAAUGGUAGAAAUUAUAAAGAGAGUUAGAAAGGAAGUCAAUUUCAAAGAUUUGAAUAUGAGAAUCGGAAUACACACAGUAAUACUUUUCAUUUAUUAAUUUUAGGGGUAAUUCUAUGGUGGCAUUAUUGGAACAGAUAUUGUGAGAUAUGACAUCUUUGGUAUUGAUGCAGUGAUUGCCAAUAAAAUGGAAUCCUAAGGAGAAGCAGGCAAAGUUAUGGUAAGCGAAGACACAAGAAGAUUAAUCAACAUACAUUUUCCUGGAGAAUAUAUUUUCACUCCAAAUAAAGAAGUAGACAUCCCUGUUGCUAAGAAGAAAGUCUAGGCAUAUUUUGCAACAAAAACAGAUAUUUUAAAUCGUCAAGACAACUCUAGAUAUAUUUGA